AUGCAAUGCCGCAUUUUUCUGAAUGAAAUUACUCCCCUCGCGCCCCCCUCAUACUCUCUGUACCUGAUGUACUGGACCCUCAUUGGUGGAGCGCCCCCAUUCACUGACGUCAGAGCGAGCUCUCUUGUGGACGUGUUUGAGCGCAACAGCAUCCAUUCUGGUUUUUGUGCGCGCCCCAGAGAGACCUGGACAGAGGAGAAAAUGCGAUUAGUUAAAAGAUCAACCAUGAUCCUGAAUGCUUCAGAUGUUGGCUGGGUGGAAACCUCAGGUGAGGAGCCUUUCUACAUGGUGGACGAUCUGCCAAGCACCUCUCCUUCUCAGCUCACACCCCUCACGGUGUGGGGUGUUGCACUGUGUGUAUCAGGAACUGUCAUUGCCAUGGAGAAUGCUGUAGUAGUGACCACAAUCUUGGCCACCCCCUCUCUCCGCGCCCCUGUGUUUCUGCUGCUGGCCAGUCUGGGGUUUGCUGAUCUCCUUGCUGGUGUAGCUCUGAUUUUGCACUUUCUCUUCUUGUUUUGUGUGGAGCCCAGUGACUGCCUGAUGGGCGUGGCCCUGGAUCGAUACCUGUCUUUGAGCCACGCCCUCACCUAUGGAUCAGGCCAAUCACGACGCCGUGCUGCCGCCCUCCUGCUGCUGGUCUGGCUGGGGGCUUGUGUCAUUGGAGCUGUGCCUGCAAUGGGAUGGCACUGUCUGGAAGAUCCAAAUGUUUUUGUGGGGUGUUGGAUGCCUUUUUCUUUGUGGGGGCUUUUGGGUGAUGCAUCAAGCCCACCACUGUACACAUAUGCUACCCUUGUGCCAGCUGCAGGCAGCUCCCUGUUGAACCCUCUGCUCUACAGUCUGAGAAACAAGGACAUUCGCAGAGUGCUGAUGCAGACAUGCUGCCCCCACAGAAGCACACACAGCACACAUGUGCACUACCCCGUGGAUGUGUGA